AGAACACCCCCGAAUACAGUACUAUAUCCGUAUCAAAGCAUUGUGACAGAGUCCUAUUGGCCACUUACGGUACAGGCAUUGCACCACCGCAACCUUUUUCCUCCAAAACAUCAGGACAAAGUGAGGAUAUCGGCUACCUCCGGCAUUCCACUAUUCUAGACCUCCAUCACUUACCAAACAUCUUCACCGAAUCACACCGGCAUCAGAUUGCAUCAUAAAAAAUAAAUAUAAAUUUUCCUCUACUGUAAGUAACCCCGCUCCCCGCCCUGCCCACACCGAGUUCCCAGCUCAUUGCUGCUCCUUCACAUAUCGUUGAACUAGGGCCCCUCAGACAGACCACCGCUUUCUUUUGACGUUGCCGAGAUGCCUGCGACUGCUCCAGAAAACGCCAUUCUCAAUACUAUCGUUGACCAUAUCGGGGAUACCCCUCUCGUUCGCCUAAAUCGCAUCCCCCAAUCCUUGGGAAUUCAUGCGCAAGUUUUAGCGAAAUGCGAAUUCUUCAACGCCGGUGGUUCCGUUAAGGACCGCAUCGCAAAGCGCAUGAUCGAGGAGGCCGAACGUGAAGGGAAAAUCAAACCGGGCGAUACUUUGAUUGAGCCCACCUCUGGAAACACGUACGUCUCCCAUUAGCCCAUGAUAACCCACUGGCUAAUAUAACCGUCCUAUCUGUAGAGGUAUCGGUUUGGCUUUGGUUGGUGCUGUGAAGGGCUAUAGGACAAUCAUUACGCUUCCCGAGAAAAUGUCGACCGAGAAAGUUGCCGUUCUGAGAGCUCUCGGUGCUGAGAUUGUUCGCACGCCUACGGAAGCAGCUUUUGAUUCCCCCGAGAGCCAUAUCGGUGUUGCUAGUAGACUUGAGAAGGAGAUACCAAAUUCCAUCAUCCUGGACCAGUACGGCAAUGUCAACAAUCCCCUUGCUCACGAACUUGGAACGGCGGAAGAGAUUUGGAGACAAGCCGGUGGAAAGGUGGAUGCUAUUGUGGCGGGUGCCGGUACUGGGGGCACGGUUACUGGUAUCGCUAGAGGGCUGAGAAAGCAUAACCCGGAGGUCACUGUUAUCUGUGCCGACCCUAUCGGUUCUAUUCUCGCCCUCCCAGCCGAGCUCAACGACUCAAACGCAGGUUACAAGGUUGAGGGCAUUGGCUACGACUUUGUCCCCGAUGUUCUGGAUCAGAAGAUUGUGGACACCUGGGUCAAAACGGCUGAUCGUGACUCUUUUCUUUUCGCCCGUCGCCUGAUCAAAGAUGAGGGUCUGCUCUGCGGCGGCUCCUCCGGCUCGGCCUUAUCAGCUCUUGUUGAGGGACUCAAAUCUCAUCCUGAACUCAACCAGGAAGGAAAGACAAUCGUUGUGAUUUUACCGGACUCUGUCCGGAAUUAUUUGAGCAAGUUUGUUGAUGACACUUGGAUGGAGAACAAUGAUUUCAUUCCAACCAAAGAGGUUAACCGCGCUCCUGAGACCACCCAAUGGCAAGGUGCUAGAAUCCGAGAUCUCAAACCCAAGCCAGUUAUCACAGUCAAGGCACACGAUACCGCUGAGAGUGCCAUCGACAUCAUGACUGAGAGGGGUUUUGAUCAGCUUCCUGUCCUAUCCAAGAGCGGGCAAUUGGUUGGUUUGGUCACGCUGGGAAAUAUUUUGAGUUACAUAUCCAGAGGCCGCGCUACCGGAAAGAGUCCUGUUCGCGGGCUCAUGUUCGACUUCACCAAAUUGAAGGAAAUUCCUAGCGAUCCGAAUGAGCUCGGUUCCGUCAAGCCUACUUGUAAGGAUACCGCAAUGCCCGCAGCUGGGGACAACGGCAUCACUCCCCAUUCGAAUUCCACUGGUGGGAAGAAGGUCGGGAAGAGAAAGUUUGAAGAGAUUACCCUGGACACUCCCUUGAGUGCUUUAAGCCGUUUCUUCGAACACAAUUCUGCGGGAAUUGUCACUGAGAGAUUGAAGGACGGGGGGCUUCAGGUGAAGCAUGUUGUCACGAAGGUCGACCUUUUGAGUUACUUGGUUAGGGAGGGCACGAAGGCUUCGGGCGUUGCUGUCUAAAGCUUCGCUUCUCGCUUGGAUCUGGGUGGUCUCAUUAGUUUGGGGUUGAGUUGGGUCUCGGAAGCAUCAUUCAUUAUAUACUAUGUGAGCUCGAAUGUCGUUGUAUCAUAAACUUUCUUUAGUUUUCGUAGGUUCAGUGGUGUCAUACUUAAGAAUCAGAAUUAAAAACCUUAUCCCCUGCG